AUGUUAAGUGAAUGGGGUUUUGAAUUUGCAUGUAAGGUAUACAUGUUAUAUAUCACUGGAAAGCUCUCGAUGCGUAGAUUACGUUUCUGUAAAAAUUUUGGUUAUAACAUUAAUAGAAUGGUUGCUAGAGCUCUUUAUAGUUGGAAACAAAAAAUGAAAAUACCAUCGGAUAGGAAAUUGCCAGUUUAUAAAUUGAAGGAACCAUUAAAAUUUCAAAAGGGUAAUGGUAUGUGUUUAGAAAGUGAUUAUUAUCUUCAUUUAGAGGUUCAUAUUCAAGGGUUUACAUUUGGACUCUAUGCAUAUAUUACAAACAAUAUGAUUGGAAUUGAUUUGGUCAUGGGACAGGACACUUUAGCUCAAUUUAAUGGUAAUCUAAGUUUUCGUGAUAAUAUAUUUCGUUGUAAAACUAUUCCAUUCUAUAUGACUUCUGAUUUACACUUGAGGCCCAAUCAAAGUAUUGUUAAGAAUCGAGAUGUUCAUAUGGUAUCAAGUAAUCGCUUAUCUGAAGCAUGUCCUAAACCACCUUCUGUUCUUAUAACAGAUCAAGCUUCAUCACUUACUGUAGCUAAUCAUGGUAGAUUAUUAGUCAAACGCUAUAUAAAAUCAAUAACCAAUCUUCUUAAAUUCAAUUUAAUUCAGUAUGGUACUGAUUGGGUCAGAUAUAUAUCUACUUGUUGUUAUGCCUAUAAUUCAUUUGUUUCACCUAAACUUGGUAAUUUUAGUCCUUAUGAGUUGAAUACACAAGUUUGUAACCAAAAGGGUUCUAAUUCUACAUGGAUUAAUGUUGAGAAUGUUGUUCAUUUAUGUAAUGUAGUUCCAGAUUUGCUAUCCAAUAAUAAGUUACAAGUAACGGCAUCUGAAGACUUUCACUGUUUAGAUAUUGGUACUUCAUCUACUGAACAAGGAGGUGCAUCAGGAUCCAAAAAGAUUGAGUCUAGUACUGAAGAACAAACUGAAAGUAUACCAACAGAUAGUAGUGAUAAUUAUGUGUCUUAUGGCCAUAUUAAUUAUACUUAUAAUAUCCAAAGGUUUUUUCAGAGUUGUCCAUUAACUUUAUCAUCUAAACAAUGUGAAGAUGCUGAACUAUCAGAAAAAGAUCAUGAUGGAAAAGGUGUUGAUGAAUUUCUAAUAAACAUUCCUUCAGUUCAACCUGUACAUAGUGAUAGCAGUAGUGUUAAGGUUAAUACAUCUGAUUUAGAAGUUGCAGUUGGUUCUCCUCGUGCUAAUGAAGAUUCUCAAGUAUCAGAUGAUCUAAUACCACCUCCUAAUCCACAACCAGUAUUCAAACAUGUUAAUUUAACACAGGCAGCUUUACGGGAACACACCAAAUUACAGAAAAAACUGUACCUGAAACGUGUUAAAGAAGAUAAGAACAUAACAUUGACUAAACCAAACAAGAAUUCUAUCUUACUGAAGGUUGAAUCAUGUCGAAAGAGAAAUCGAGACGAUGACAAAGAUAAUGAGUGUCCACAGAAAGUAAAAAAGCAUUCAUCUAAUGAAGAAGUGAAAGCAUUGUUAGAAAAGAGAUCUUCUCCUUACCAUUCUUUGAAACCAAUACAGCCCCAGUAUUCUAAUACAAUACAAGCUCCUUAUGGAUCAGAUUAUAGGAUGUUUCCACAAGAAAUACCAAUACUACCAUACGGGGAAGGUGAAGAUACUACACUUACAACUGAAAGUCAGUAUAUAACAGAUGACAGGGAGGAGGACAAUGGUAAUAAUGUCAAAUGGCCUUUCUAUUCUAAUCCUGGUUAUUUAUUUUCACCAUCAGUUAUGGGAGGUUUUUAUAAUUCAAUGCCACCAACAGAUGACCAUACUGUUACUUGGCCUGGUCCUAUUAUUGCUGGAAAGUUAGUUAAAGAGGAAGAAGGUAGUACUGAAUCAGUGGAGUCUACUCCAACAGAAGAUACUAGUUCAACAGUCCCGUCUCUAAUGGAUAGUAAACCAAAUAAACGAGAGAAACAUAGAUAUAGUAAAUAUAGUAAAUAUUUAAAGAAAUCUGCAAGGAAUUCAGCAUCUGGUUUUCAAUCUACAAGUCAAGUAAAUGCCAGUCCAAAAAUCUCCAAAUAUGAUUUGAUGAGAUAUGAGAUGCCAAUCCAAUCAAGAAAACAAGUGUUAAAAAAAGAUAAAGAAUUUUUGAAUAAUAACCCAUCUGCUUUGUUAUGUAAAGAACAACUAGAUUGUUUGGUUCAUGAUUUAGAUACUGUUUCUUGUAAAAAGGAAAACAGUACAAAAGAAGAAAUGAUGAAAUUGGGACAACAAUUACAAGCUCAUAUGGAAUCUUCAGUGUUAAAGGAAUUUGGUACUGCAUCAAUGGAGGAAUCAAAAAAUAUUGCCACGUUAGAUACUAAUGAAACUUGUUCUAAUACUAGUGAUGUAGACUUUAAACAAGAUUCUAGUGUCACAUCUGACAAUAGUGACAAAAACACUAGUGACAGUACUCCUAGUGAACACCCAAGUGACUCAUUCAGCUCUGUGAAGGAAUCUGAUGGUUCAGACAAACCAUGUGUAUCAAAAGCCAAAAAGAUAAAGCCAGCUAAAGCUGAGUUUCAUGAUAAACUGUUUAUAGAGAUAACUGAAGAAAUGUUGACUGAUGAUAUAGACUUCUGUCUUAAUUUUAAUAGUGAAGAUGACUUAAAUCUGAUAGGACAGUACUCAAUGUAAUAUCAACUCUUAAUGUUUCUUGACUCUGAAAAGUGCUAAAGUUACCAUGAAACCAUAUUUGUAAGCUUACAGUUUAAUAAAAAUUAAACUU